AUGGGGCGUCUUGUGUUGGGACACAGGCCACCAACCUUUGCGGGCGAAGAAGACCCGGUUAUCUUGGAAGAAUGGAUGAGGACGUUUGACACGAUCUUCUCGGUUCUCGGUUGUCCGGAAGAGCGAAGAGUAGAACUUGCAACAUUCUACUUCUGUCUUGAGGCCAAUUUAUGGUGGAUGCACGAGGGCCCAGCUUGCCUUGAGGAGCCUGAGUUUGGAUGGAUCGCUCUCAAGGAUCGGAUGCGCGAGAGGUUUUAUCUGGCGUAUAGCUUGCGCGUUUCUGCCCGGAUGCUUGUGCCUACGGAGCUCACCAAGGUUGAGAAGUUUGUAGCUGGCUUGAACUACGAGGCACGGAAGGCCCUAACCGUGAGUAGGCCGAGUUCUUUGAAAGAAUCAUACCUGAGUGCUGUGGAUCUGUACCGUGUUCAGCAGCUGCAGCGACGAUCUUAUGAGCUUGCAAGAAAAAGGACUGAGAGUGGAGGCUCUUCCAGCUUCAAGAAGCCCAAGCCGAGUUUUCAAGUUAAGAAUGCAUCAUCUCCAAACCCGGGACCCAAUCGGGCGGAGCAUGGAAACCAAGUCAAGAUGUUUCCUUGCCGUAGAUGUGGAAAGGUGCAUGCUGGUCAGAACUGUCAUGGUCAAGCGUUUCGGUGUUUUCGUUGCGGAGACAGGGGUCACAAGGUCGCCGAGUGCCCUCAGCAAGCCAACCAAAGGGCGUUGCCACCACCCCCAGGAGCCCGAGGAGCAGCAGGAGGUAGCUUGAGCCGUGGAGCAGCUGGGUCUAGGCAGUCAGGAAGGGUGUUCGUGAUGGGACGAUCGCAGGCAGAGACCGAGGGCUUGGUGGAGGAAGAGCUAGCAGGUAACCUUUUUCUAGCCUACCCUUGUCUUUAA